AUGGAUAAUAAUAGUGGCAUCAAUCAUUCUCAAGAUGAAGAUAGAGGUGAUUUGGGAUCUAAUAAUUUAAGAGAAAGAGAUAACUUUAUUCAAUUAUUGGAUUCAGUAAAGAUAAUGGACUCUCAAAAUAGAGAACUUGAAUCUUUAUAUAAAAUCAUUUACGAAAAUUUUCAUAAAUAUAAUAAUAAUAAUAAUAAUAAUAAUAAUAAUAAUAAUAAUAAUAAUAAUAAUAAUGAUAUAAAUCAUUCUCAAGAUGAGGAUAGAGUUCAUUUGGGAUCUAAUGGUUUAAGAGAUGCCUUUAUUCAAUUAUUGGAUUCGUUAAAGAAAAUGAGCACUAAUAAUGAUGAUCUUGAAUCUUUAUAUAAAAUAUUUUAUGAAAAUUCAAAGUAUAAUAAUAAUAAUAAUAAUAAUAAUAAUAAUAAUAAUAAUUAUAAUUGUGAUAUGAAUCAUUCUCAAGAUGAAGAUAAAGAAAAUGAUGAUACAAAUAUUAAUAACCAAACUCAAAAUCUUCAAUAUUUAAACGACGAAAAAAAAUAUAUACUAAACUUAAAAGAAAAAAUUCUAGAACAAUAUGGGCAAAGAGGUUAUUGGGACUCUAAUGAUAUGGGAGAUGUCCUUAUUCAAAUAACGAAUUCUCUAAAUAGAAUAAACAAUCAAACAAAUAGAAAUCUUGAAUCUAUUUACUUCAACUGCAAUAAUUAUAAUAAUAUUAAUAAUAAUGGAUAUUAUAUAAAUAAUAAUAGAAAUAACAAUAUUAUAAACAAUAAUUCAAGAAACACGACCACUACAACCACUACCACUACAACCACUACAACCACUACAAUCACUACAACCAUUAAUGAUUAUAAAAGAUUCAAAAUUGAUAAUGAUGAUCCCCAAAAUAUUUCAAAACAAAAAUACCAAACUUUCAUUAACGAAGACGACAAAGAAAAGCCCCAACAUAGUAAUACAGUAUCACCAAUACCAAGUGCACCUUCCGAAGUUGAAUCAAAGAAACGCAAACUCGACAAAUUUGAAUCAAAAGAUGAGGUUCAUUAUGAAUUUUUAAAUGAAUUUCAAAAAAACCAAGAUCGUAUAGAUGAAUUAUUAAAAAGAAACACCAAAGAUGAAGAGAGGUCUUUACCAGUGGGUCAAUUAUAUUUACAUAUUAUCAAUCAACUCAAAUUACUUCAAAAUGAAUUUCCUUCUAUUUUAAAAAUGUUAACGUUAUCAGCUUUUUUAUCUGGACUUGACCAUUUCAUUCAAUCCUCAUGCUUAAUGACAACUUUAAUUAAAAAAAAAUUCAUAUAUAUAUUAAGAAAACCAAAAGAAAUCAACUCAGAUCCUGGUUAA